AACUUGACACGUGUUUCUCAUACACAGGCGUGUGGCGGAGAAGUUAUGGAAGUAAACAGCACUUUUUAAGUUGCCAGUUCAGCGUUAACUAACCGAGCAAAACAACAUUUGCUGUGGAAUGAUGAAAGGUCAGUUGUUUGUCAGCCACUGUGUUGCAUUCAAGUGCAUCAAUGACGAGCCCCCCGCUGACAGUGACGCUGCUGGCCGCGCUGUGGGUCACUUUGGUCCGCUGCGGAGUCUCCCAGUCUCCGGGGCCUGGAUGUGACAAUGGAAAGCUGUCUUUGGAUAGGGACCUGCCUGCAGAUGCUGUUUUUUGGGACUGUCCAGGGUCUAUACGGCCAGAGUCUACUCAGAGACUUCCCAGUAUCGACACAGUGUAUGAUCCUGUGCCAGCCAGGCAGAUCUGCAUGGAUAAAUCUAUUUCCUACAACCAUUCCAUUCCCAACAGUGGGGCGUACAGACCAGUAAGGGCAGAGAGUGGAGAAUACUUGUACUGUCCUCCUCAACGGUGGCUCAAUAACUUGCACCAUGGAGCUACUGUGCUGCUCUACCAUCCCUGUGCUCCUCUCCACGAGCGCCUGCUUCUGUCGGUCCUGGCCCGCUCCUGCCUGCCAGACUACAUCAUGACCUCACAUCCACAGCUCAGUGAGCACAUGCCAAUAGCCUUUGUGUCGUGGGGUCACACCUUGGAGCUGUCCACUGUGGCAUCUUCAGACGUCUAUGAUUGGCUGGAGACCACGGCAUCCACGAGAAAGAAGUGUGUUGGUGUGAGCCCGAGCAGGAAGUACAGCCUCCUCCUAACCCGGCCUGCUGAGCAGCACUGGCAGCGACAGGCACAUCCAGAGGAACACUCCGCAAAAAUGAAGGAGUCUCUGAGGCAAUGCUUCGAGCGGACCAUCUCCUCUCAGCUGAAUGGAGCGAUGGAGACAGAGCCAGAGUCCAACAUAAAGAGCGAAAGCUUGAAACCAAUAAAAGUGGAAGGCAAACACAGGCAGAUAAGAGCGGCCAUUAAGGAAAUACAGGAGAAUAGUAAGAAGGAGAACGACACAAUAACACACCAGACCAACAGAACCACCAUCAGCACGCUUGGACCAUCUACAGAUUCUCCUCCAGGUUCCAGGGAAGCUCCCUCUCAGUCCAAGAUCCAAAACACAAAUCAGGGCCUUACACCAAGGCCAAAAACUAAUUUGGGGUCACUACAAACAGCAGCACAGCAGCCCAGUCCGAAACAUAGUGACAUCGGAAACCCAAACCCUCCUGCCGGGUUAGACGCUCUUGCAGAUGGUGUGAACAACGAACAUAACAAGACUGCCAGUCCUGAAGCCCUGGGGCUCAGUUCCAAAGAUGAAGGUACAGACUCAGCCAAACAGAGAGACAAAGACUCUGUUAAACACAGACGGAAAGAUAAUGUCUCUAAGACGAACACCUUCGAUAGAGACAACACAGCAGACGGCACCAGGAAGGAUAAUGAAGUAGUAGAUGUUAAAGAGAGAGAGUUGGUACAUGAGGAAACACACAGUCACACACACGCUCGUCACAAAAGUGAAGGAAUUGGAUUUGAUAGUGUUUCAAAACCCCAAUCAGAGUCUCAGCAGUCGGCCAGUUCCCUGCCCAACAGCCACGACUGUGACGGCUGCAAAGCAGGCGAACACUGUGAAUGCAACGAGGACUCGGGGGCCCCAGACUCUGUCAGUAAGGGGUUACCGAGGACCCAGAGGACAGACGAGGCGGUGUGGGCAGCAGCAGCACUGGGCUUCCUGUUAAUUCUCCUCACUCUGUCAGUGCUUCACACACGCCUGUACCGCCACUGGAGGACCACGCCCAGUCUGUACUGGCGCGACCCACAGCAGGACUACGACAGUGUGGCAGAUGUGAUCCGCAGGAGGCUACGAAUUGCAAAGAAGAGGCCGAAAAGGGGGAGGAGACAGGAGUGUGUCCUUCUGCCCAGCUCCUCCAGCUCAGAUGAACAUCCGUAGAAAACAUGAAGGAAGCAGCCUUAAGAGUGCACCCAAGAGUCAUCGCAUGUAGAGGAGGUGAAGAGAGGACAAUAUUCACAACAAUAUCUCUGACAAUCAAAAAGGCAGAAACUCUAUAAUAGGGCAGCAUUCCUAAUAAUCAAUCUAUAUACAAUACAUAGCAUACAGCAGCUAUUCUUAACCACUGGUGGGCCACAGAGCGCCAUCUAGUGGGCUGCAAAGGUACUGGUGAAUGGUUAGAUACAAUUAAGAAAACAGGGUAAUCUAAAUGUUCUCAAGAAUUCAUAAAAACAACAGUAAUUCAAACAAAGCAUCAUUUUAAUGACCAGUUAUGUUUGAAUAUCACUGAGCCAAUUGCGGCACAUCCCAAAUUCAAGGUAUACCUGAAUACCUU